UACGUAAAUAAGUUGAUCAAGCUAAGCGAGGUUGUUGUUUUCCUUCAGCUGUAAUUAUCUCUCGUCUCAGUGACAUUAAUGACUAAAACUACACACAAACGGUUGGAGAUAAAACGCAGUUGACAUUUUAUUAGACACAAGAGGACAUGCCAUCUGACUUUGUAACGUAACUACACAGUAAAACCCUGUGAGGACAACAAACCGAGUCGUUGGCCAGCCAGCUAACAGAGCUAACAGGAGUUAGCAUCGCAGAUCUCUCCACCGCCUGCUGCUCUUCAGUCUCUCUUUCUCUUCAGUCUCUCUUUCUCUUCGUCUGUCCUCGGUCUUUUAUAUAUUCUGUCACUGAGUGGUUUCUCAGGAGAGGAUGAACUGGCUAUUCCCCCUGUCCAAAGGCUCCGGACCUCUCCCUCCUCUCAGCAGCCUCCAGCAACAGAGACAGCGGCAGAUCGAGUCACUGAAAGCGGCUCAUCCCAGCCUCGCAGAGAUCCAGAAAGAUGUUGAGUACAGAAUACCAUUCACAGUCAACAACUCCACCAUUACUGUUAACAUUCUGCUGCCUCCUCAGUUCCCCCAGGAGAAGCCGGUGGUUAGUGUCUACCCCCCUGUUGGUCAUCAUUUAGUCGACAGCAAUAAUGGCACCAUGAUCACCAGCCCCCUCAUCACUAAUUUUGGGAUGCACUCAGAUCUGGGGAAGGUCAUUCAGAGUCUGCUGGACGAGUUCUGGAAGAGUCCUCCUGCCUUGAUGUCCACGGGCUCUGCUAGCUUUCCAUACAGUAUGUACAAGCAGUCAGGCAUGGCUCCCUAUCCCACUCAGGCUUACCACUAUGCUCCUCGCCAUGGGGGCCCCAGUCACACGCCGCCUCCUGGUCCAGGCCAGGCUCCAGGUCUCAUGCCUCACCCAGGGGUCGAUAGUGCCUAUGGGCCCCCUCGAGCUCCGGCCCCGUACGGACUGAUUUCUGACCUGCCGCUGCCUGUUCCUAUGGGAGACUUACAGGCUGGACUGAACGGACACAUGUACAAGAUGCCUGACAUUCCUGAGUCUUUUCCUGAACUCUGUGACUUGAAUCUGACCCAGUUGUCGGACAUGUCUGAAAACGAGGACGUGUUACUGGAGUUCUUCGUGACUUUGCCACAACUGAAACAGGUCACCAAUGAUAAAGAAGAGCUCGUCACCAAUAUAGUGGACAUGGCUAAGAAAAAUCUUCAGAUGGAGCCACAGCUGGAAGGAAAAAGACAGGAAAUGCUCUACAAGUACGAACAGCUGACUCAGAUGAAGAUGGCAUUUGAGACGAGGAUGCAGAGGCAGCAUGACCUCAGUGAGAAUUGCAGUCUUAAUACUCUACAGGCUCGGUUAAAAGUCGCAGCCCACCAGGCUGAGGAGGAGUCGGAGGAGACGGCUGAAAACUUCCUGGAGGGACGCACAGACAUAGACGAAUUCCUGUCCAGCUUCAUGGAGAAGAGAACGCUUUGCCACAGCAGAAGGGCCAAAGAGGAAAAGUUGCAACAAUCCAUCAACACACAUGGACAGUUUCCUACCAGCCACUAGAGAACACAAGGUUUGGUGCUUUCUCAGCCAACUGCUGCCAACUAAAAGGAUAAAAGACAUUUGAGGGGACGAAAAGCACACUGAGUCAACAAUGGGCACUUCGGAGAAAUAGGAAGACAGUGAUAUCAGUGGUGGGCUUAAAAAAAAGAAAAAAGGAAGCCCUCUGUGCCCAGAUCUGGGCUAAAAAUACUGUUGAAGUUGCAUUGUGUGAGAGCAAAGUGGAGAAGCUGUUGAGUCACCACAGGAGGCCAAAACUGGGAGAUUGAGUGACACAUGCCUAGCUUUCCCAACCACAUUACUAAGGAUUGAUCACACCGCGGAUAAUUUCUGUUGCACAUGCUGUUUGUCCAGUUUUGACUUGACAGUGAUGACAAAGAGUUUUGUUUCUUUCCUGAAUUUCUGUCACAUUGCUCAGUAAGAGCAACGCCUGAUCAGAGUGGUUGGUGAUGUGAACUCAUUUGGAAGAAAUUGUUUAGGACAGGACUCCCAAUCUUAAACAUUUUUUUCACGCAGUGAGCAAUUAAUGUCACUAUAAAAGAAUUAUUAAAAUGCUAAGCUUGAUGUCUGUACUCCCCGUCUCUGAGAUCAUUGUCAAGUCCUUGCUUUAUUAUCCCAGAAAGGUCCGACUGGAUAGACAGACAGACAGACAGAACAACCUUUGCACUGCAAAUCUACUGUUUACGUUGGACUGGUUGUUCGAGACGUUUACAGGAAACUCUGCAGUGGCAGCAUCACUUCAACAAAUCAAGAUAAUCUGUCCAAGGCCUUCCUUAAUUUGUAAUUUAUCAAAACAAAUGUGGGAUUCUCCAACCAAAAAAGAAGCAAGGACGGGGCAGUGUUGUCAGGAGAGUUUAAAAAAUGUAAACUCUGCAUAUGAAUUUGGGACAGCGCUCGAUUCUUUAUCAAGUUGGUGUGUUUCCCCUUUAAGUAAUGUCUUAAACACAACCGCGACAUCAGUGUGUUUGCACAAACAUUAAUAAUUCGAUUCAACGUUCCAGGCAAUACUCUGAUUCUCAUAACGUUGUUAACACCAUAACCGUUUUAUCUACUGUACCUCAAAAUCAGAGGCAACAUAAUCCAAAACAAAGUGGUCAGUUUUUUUUUUAAAUUGCUGUAUUAGUUUUGUAAAUGUUUCCUGGAGGUUAACAAACCAUUUCAGACUUUGACCAGUUUAACAAAUGUGUCAUGUAAACUGAGGUUAUCGGGUAAAUCAGAGUAAAGUAAACCAUAUAAACGGUUUAAUCACCCUAAUUCUGUUCCUUUUUACGCGAGUCGAGUUAUUUGUGUACAUGUAAACACACUGAAUACGACGAGACACCUUUGGAACUUGAAAUUUUGUUGGUGAAGAGCCUCAGAAGAUUUGGGAUAAUGUUGAGGAAUAUUAGGUUAAAUGCUGCAUUAAAACUCGAUGACAUUGGAUACUGUAUUUAAAUAAUGUUAAUAAUAGGCUAUAUUGUAAUCAAAGACUCAGACACCUUGUAUUAUAUGUUCUUAUUUAAUUUGUUAGAGUAAUAAAGCAUUUAGAAUAAA